AGCGCGCAGACGAGUGGUUGGUUGGUUGUUUCCCAGUGUGUGUCGUGUCGUGUCUUGUGUCGCUUCGUGUGUUUUGUGAGCGAAUAAGUAAGAAACCAGCUGUAGCUGUGGCUUUGGCUAGGGGCAAUAUUAUUUACUAGCUCUGGAACAAGUUCUUACGAUCGCCAAAUCGAAUCAGUUAUUAAAUGUUAACCAUAGGCGACGGCGCGCAUUUGCGGUUUAUCUAUUGUGCUCGCCCCUGUCGCGCGCCUCUUGUAUUUUUCCUUUCGUAGUUUCGGCGAAAUUCCAAUAAACAUUUCCGCAACUCCUCCGAUUGGCACAAUAAUUUAUUUAUUGAUUUGAUUAAUGCAAAUAAACAAAGGCGGUAUUUGUUUUAUUUCUCGAAUUUUGUUUUUUGGCAAUGUCAGCUGAAAAGAAUUGGAAAGCAUAAAGCGUGCAGCCAAACAUAAAAGCAAAAGCAAACACAAAAUUUUUGGUAACGUGACGCAGCCGUAAGCAAAACAAACGCAAAACACAGAAACAAAAAAAGGGCUUCUGGAAUAUCUAUACGUAUUUGUGUACCUCUUUGUGUGUGUGCCUGUGAUUGUGUGUGCGUCUGCUCAACGUGAUCUUCAACCUCCGCUUUGGCCACUGCUUCGUUACCUGAGUUGCGCGAGUCGCAUUCAGCCGGCAAUUACCCGACAGCCUUACGUUAUUUCCGCAACUCUCACUCUCCCGCUCUCUACGUUCGCUGAGCAAAACAAAAACGCAAAAAAUGGCCAUGCAAAGAGAGGCGGGUGUGCAGGACUUUGUCCUGUUGGACCAAGUCACCAUGGAGAAGUUCAUGGACAACUUGCGCAAACGCUACCACGUUGGCUCCAUCUACACAUACAUCGGCGAGGUGUGCGUCUCGAUGAAUCCCUACAGACAGAUGAACAUCUACGGCCCGGAGACCAUACGCAAGUACAAGGGUCGGGAGCUGUUCGAGAAUGCGCCGCACGUGUUUGCGAUCGCAGACGCCGCAUACAGGGUGCUCAAGCAGCGCCACCAGGACACAUGCAUCCUCAUCUCUGGUGAGUCGGGUGCGGGCAAGACGGAAGCCUCCAAGAUCAUCAUGAAGUAUAUUGCGGCAGUGACGAACGCACAGGGACAAAAUGAAAUCGAAAGAGUGAAGAACGUGCUGAUCCAGAGCAAUGCGAUAUUGGAGACGUUCGGCAAUGCGAAGACGAAUCGCAACGACAACUCCAGCCGGUUCGGCAAAUACAUGGACAUAGAGUUCGACUACAAGGCCGAUCCGGUGGGCGGCAUCAUAACCAACUAUUUGCUGGAGAAGUCGCGUGUGGUGCAGCAGCAGCCAGGGGAGCGAAACUUCCACAGUUUCUACCAGCUGCUGCGCGGUGCCAACGAUCAUGAGUUGCGUCAGUAUGAUCUGCUCAAGGAGACGUCCAAGUACCACUACCUUAACCAGGGCAGCAUGGAUAUACUCACCGAGAAGUCCGACUACAAGGGCACGUGCAAUGCAUUCAAGACGCUCGGCUUCCAGGCGGACGAGGUGCAGACCAUUUGGCGCACAAUUGCAUCCGUUUUGCAUUUGGGCAAUGUGGAGUUCCAGACCAUCGAGGACGAGCUGGUGAUCAGCAACAAGUCGCAUUUGCAGUCAGCUGCGAAGAUGCUGCAGGUGACCGAGGCGGAGCUGUCGACGGCACUGACCAAGCGCACGAUUGCAGCCGGAGGCAAUGUGAUGAAGAAGGAUCACGAUGCCACGCAGGCGGAGUAUGGCAAGGACGCGCUGGCCAAGGCCAUCUAUGAUCGCCUCUUCACGUGGAUCAUCUCGCGCAUCAACCGUGCUAUACUCUUCCGUGGCAGCAAGACCCAGGCGAGAUUCAACUCAGUGAUCGGCGUGCUGGAUAUCUACGGCUUUGAGAUCUUCGAUUCGAAUAGCUUUGAGCAGUUCUGCAUCAACUACUGCAACGAGAAGCUGCAGCAACUGUUCAUAGAGCUGGUGCUGAAGCAGGAGCAGGAGGAGUACCAGCGCGAGGGCAUCGAGUGGACCAACAUUGAGUACUUCAACAACAAAAUCAUUUGCUCUCUCUCUCUCUAGCCGCACAAGGGCAUCAUAGCCAUCAUGGACGAGGCCUGCUUGAGCGUCGGCAAUGUCACCGAUGACACCCUCCUGGGCGCCAUGGACAAGAAUUUGAGCAAACAUCCGCAUUACACAAGCCGCCAGCUGAAGCCGAUGGACAAGGAGUUGAAGCAUCGCGAGGACUUCCGCAUCACCCACUAUGCUGGCGAUGUGAUCUACAACAUAAUUGGCUUCAUCGAGAAGAACAAGGAUACGUUGUAUCAGGACUUCAAGCGCCUGUUGCACAACUCCAAGGACGCCAACCUCAGCGAAAUGUGGCCCGAGGGAGCGCAGGAUAUAAAGAAGACCACGAAGCGUCCUCUGACUGCUGGCACUCUCUUCCAGCGCUCGAUGGCGGAUCUGGUGGCCACGCUGCUGAAGAAGGAGCCCUUCUACGUGCGCUGCAUUAAGCCAAACGAUAUUAAGAGCUCCACGGUGUUUGACGAGGAGCGCGUGCAGCACCAGGUGCGCUACUUAGGUCUGCUAGAGAAUGUGCGAGUGCGUCGCGCCGGCUUCGUGCAUCGCCAGCGCUACGACAAGUUCCUGCUGCGUUACAAAAUGAUCUCGCAGUACACGUGGCCGAAUUUCCAUGCGGGCAGCGAGCGCGACGGAGUUCGCGUGCUGAUCGAGGAGAAGGGCUUCGCACAGGACGUGAAGUAUGGGCACACAAAGAUCUUUAUUCGCUCGCCACGCACCCUCUUCGCCCUGGAGCAGCAGCGCAACGAGAUGAUUCCGCACAUUGUGACCUUGCUGCAGAAGCAGGUGCGAGGCUGGAUAGCCCGCAAGAACUACAAGAAGAUGAAGGCGGCACGCACCAUAAUGCACGCCUACAAGACCUACAAGCUGCGCAGCUACGUCCAGGAGCUGGCCAAUCGCUUCCGCAACGCGAAGCAUCAGCGCGACUAUGGGCGCAGCAUUCAGUGGCCCCAGCCGCCCCUCGCAGGACGCAAGGCCGAGGCCAAGCUGCGCAGGAUGUUUGACCAAUGGCGUGCCUACAUGAUACUCCGUAGGUACCCGCGCAGCGAGUGGCCGCAGCUGCGACUGCAAAUCAUUGCGGCCACGGCCAUCGCGGGACGACGACCCUACUGGGGACAGCAGCGCAAGUGGCUGGGCGACUAUCUGGCCAACUCGCAGGACAAUAGCGGCUACGACGCCUACGCGGCCAAUGUGCGGAACAUGAAGAACAGCGGAGGAGAUAACAUCCGGCAGGUGCUCUUCUCCAGCUUCGCCAAGAAGUUCAACAGGCGCAACAAGCAGGCGGAUCGGGCGUUCAUUGUGACGGAUACGAACAUCUACAAAUUGGAGGGCAUCAAGAAGAAGUUCAGGGACAUGCAGCGGUCCAUGGCCAUCAGAGAGCUGACCUCCAUUAGCAUAACGCCUGGUCGGGAUCAGCUAAUCGUCUUCCACUCGCCGAAGAACAACGAUUUGGUCUUCGCCCUGCAAAGCGAAAUGGGCACGCCCCUCAAGGAGGAUCGCGUAGGUGAACUAGUGGGCGUUGUGUGCAAGAAGUACCAUGACAUCACCGGCACGGAGCUGCGCGUGAAUGUGGGCAGCAACAUUGCCUGCAGGCUGGGCGAGAAGGCGCGCACAAUUGUUGUCGAGGCGGCGUCCAAUGUGGAGGUGCCCAAUUUCCGACAUUCCGCUGGCAAUAUCAUCUUCGAGGUGCCCGCCUCGUAUUGCUACUAGUGAGCGGCUCUGAGCACCGUCGAUGUAAAUUUAUUCGUAAGCGUUAGCUUAAGAGUCUGUUACCUUUGAAACACUCUACCAACCUGUGCAUGCUGUGCCUUCUGCUAAGCAAUACGUAGCUCUAGAGCUCUAUUCUCUAUGUUGCAUGUUUGUGUGCUAAGUGAGAAUCACCGAGAAGGGCGCUGGUACUAGGUCAGGUCCAUAGAUAUAGAAAGUGCAAACUUGUGGAGCUGGUUGAGCCGGCUUCAAAUGAAAAGUAUUAAAUGUACUUUGUGCAUUUGUUAACUUUAGCUUUUAACCAAUUCUUAAACGAUAUAAAUGAUUGUAAUUCACGUGAAAA